AUGGCGGACCUGCCCUACCUACUCGCAGGCCUCAGAGUUUCCCCGGGUGCUCCCCUCAUCCUUGGGGACACCACGGCCAUUUCCGGAUCCCCUCGGUCACUACGCGCCGUAGCCACCCGAACGACCAGCCCCUCCCCCGGCUCCCCCGGAGCGGGGCCCGCGAGCCCACCGGAAGAGGCGGAGCCCGCGAGUCGCCGAGGUCUCCUGCUUCAACAGUGCUUGAACGGAACCCGGCGCUCGCCAGCCUCUGUCAACCGGCCGCUCUCCAUCACCCUCCACCACCUCCAGCCAGCCGCGCUCUCGGACGCCCUAAGGUCCCCGCCGCCGCUCCAGCACAGCGCCGCCGCGCCUCUCCUCCACCGCCGCCAUGACGACCGCGUCCCCCUCAAACCAGACCGGGAUGACUGGGAGAGCGGGCUGAAUGCAAUGGAGUGUGCGCUGCACUUGGAAAAAAGCGUGAAUCAGUCACUACUGGAACUGCAUAAACUGGCCACUGACAAGAACGACCCCCACUUGUGUGACUUCAUUGAAACGCAUUACCUGGAUGAGCAGGUGAAAUCCAUCAAAGAAUUGGGCGACUAUGUAACCAACUUGAGCAAGAUGGGGGCCCCGGAUUCUGGCCUGGCAGAGUAUCUCUUUGACAAGCACACCCUGGGAGACAGCGAUGGAAAGAGCUGA